GGCAGCAGGGGCAAGCCUUUAGUUUUCCGCGGAGGGAACGGACACCAGCUGUGAAGUAGGCAAAAAGCCUUUUUAACUGUGCUUGCAAUAUAUGUGUAUAUAUAAGUAUGUACAUGUAUUUGAUACACAUAUAUAUCAAACCCCGCACGAAUCGCUCUGGCUGCCCCUUAGCGCCUGGAGCCUCGGGGUUUGCAAACUUGCACCUGGAAUCUGCCACCUCUGGGCUCGCGACGCUUUCGGCGCUGCCUGGGGAGCUUAGUCAGGGAGCCUGCUUGGAAUUAAAAGCCUGGAGGGAAGGAGCCGAGCGGCCGCAGUCGGGGGUCUGCUCCCAGGCACCGACCCUCGGGGCUGCGGGGCAGGGCACACGCCGGCAGCAGCAGCCGCGGCGCCGCGAACUCCCGCCGGCCCCGCCUCCUGGCGCUCUUCCAAGCAAGCCCCUCCUCCCCGCCCAGCUACAAACGGCGGGACCGCGGCACCCGGGCGUCACUGAGGCAGCUGCCGGCCGGGUGAGGAGGUCGGUCGCCGGCGCGGCACGGGUGGGGCGGAGGUUCCGCCGGGUUCCAGUCCGUCUUCCCACCACCGUCAGGACUAGGGACACCGCCUCCGCCUCCACCACCGCCUCUCCGGAGCCUGCCCGGAGCGAAUUCUCCGUGGCUGUGCUGACCGUCAGCGGCGCUAGCCGUAGUAGCUGCAGCUCCGAGUCGCAGCAGCAGGUAAUUGCUGCCAUGGAAACACAACUGUCUAAUGGGCCAACUUGCAAUAACACAGCCAAUGGUCCAACCACCAUAAACAACAACUGCUCGUCACCAGUUGACUCUGGGAACACAGAGGACAGCAAGACCAACUUAAUAGUCAACUACCUUCCACAGAACAUGACACAGGAGGAACUAAAGAGUCUUUUUGGGAGCAUCGGUGAGAUAGAGUCCUGUAAGCUUGUAAGAGACAAAAUAACAGGGCAGAGCUUGGGAUAUGGCUUUGUGAACUACAUUGACCCUAAGGAUGCAGAGAAAGCUAUCAACACCCUGAAUGGAUUGAGACUUCAAACCAAAACAAUAAAAGUUUCCUAUGCUCGCCCAAGCUCAGCUUCUAUCAGAGAUGCAAAUUUGUACGUCAGUGGACUUCCGAAGACAAUGACCCAGAAGGAGUUGGAACAACUUUUUUCACAAUAUGGACGCAUUAUUACUUCUCGUAUUCUUGUUGACCAGGUCACUGGCAUAUCAAGGGGUGUAGGGUUUAUUCGAUUUGACAAGCGGAUUGAGGCAGAAGAAGCUAUCAAAGGCCUAAAUGGCCAGAAACCUCCUGGUGCCACAGAGCCAAUCACUGUAAAGUUUGCUAAUAAUCCAAGCCAAAAAACCAAUCAGGCCAUCCUUUCCCAGCUGUACCAGUCUCCAAACAGAAGGUAUCCAGGACCACUAGCUCAGCAGGCACAGCGUUUUAGGUUGGACAAUCUGCUCAAUAUGGCUUAUGGAGUAAAGAGUAGGUUUUCUCCAAUGACCAUUGAUGGAAUGACCAGUUUGGCUGGAAUUAAUAUCCCUGGGCACCCAGGAACAGGGUGGUGUAUUUUUGUGUACAACCUGGCUCCUGACGCAGAUGAGAGUAUCCUGUGGCAAAUGUUUGGGCCUUUUGGAGCUGUCACCAACGUAAAGGUCAUCCGUGACUUUAACACCAAUAAGUGCAAAGGUUUUGGAUUUGUGACUAUGACAAACUAUGAUGAGGCUGCCAUGGCGAUAGCUAGCCUCAAUGGAUACCGUCUGGGAGACAGAGUACUGCAGGUCUCCUUUAAGACAAACAAAACGCACAAAGCCUAAUGAGCUCUUGUCCUCAGUCCAUUUAUAUAUGAAAACUAUACCACAAAGGCAAGUUAAGAGAAACUUUAUACAUUAGUAAAUGUCUUUGUAAGUCAGUGUUGAGAUGGGAAUAAAACGACUACUUAGCAUCCUAAGAAAUAUGUGAGAUUUUUUAUUGCUAGUAUUUGAAUUAAAACUUCUUAAAUAUCUUUUAUGUUUGAAUAUGGACAAGAGGUACAGGGUUUUUACCUGUCACAUUGCAUUCUAUUGCCUUCUUUGAAGAAGGUGGACCUUUUAAAGUGUUUCAGCUAAGGGAAGACAUUUCUUUUCUUUUUACAUAACUGCCUUGAACCUGUGAGUAAAUACUGAGGCUUUGUGUUGUAAUUCUUCAGUUGGUUGUGUCUUUUUUCCCCCCUUUUUUUCUUUUCUGAUUAGCUUUGUGUUUGGUUUACAUUUAAAGCAUUGCUGUUAUGUCUAAGAAAAGUAUUUUGAAGUUUACAUUUUUAUUUAUGAAGUUAAAAACAGUAUUUAUUUUGUAAUUAUGAUUUGGGUUGGGGAAGGGGGGGGCUACAUUAUAAACGCUUAUUGUAAGAAUACUGGAGAACUUUUCGUAAAGCAGUACCUUGCCAAAGAGAUAAGAGCCUCUUUGAUGUGGGUUUAAAAAAAGCAUCUAUUUUUAUAAAAAAGAAAAUUUGGAGAAACUUUUUACUGGUCCUGGAACAAAUAUUUUGACUUGAAUACUUUGAGAAAUCUCUUCAUAUGACACCUAGUGAGCUUUUAAAAUUUACCAGGAAAUUUGCAGCGGUUGGAAAAUUUAGAAAGAUUUAUGAUGUAGAAAAUACUUUUGAGAUCUUUGUAUGAAAGGUGUAGAAUCAAUGGGGGAAACACUGCUGGUUUCGUUUUUGUAAUCACCAGUGGAGUGUCUGAUCAUCCUGGUUAUUAUGUGAUAGGUGGCUCACAUUGAUUUGUGAUUUUGAAACAAAAAAAAAAUUUACAAAAGAAUAUAUAAGAGCAGGCAAGAAAUUUAAAUUACCAAGAGAUGGGGGAAAAAAAAUCUGUUCUUCCUAAAGAAAUCCCUUCAGAUAGAGCUCAUGGUGUUUAGUGAUGUACUUGCAGUAUUGUUUGAAGAAUUGUUUUGUCUUAAGGAUAAAAGAUGUUGCACAUGAUUUGUACUGCAGCAAAUCGGCAAAAGUGAUCUGAGUUGGAUAUAUUUGAAGGUAUUUUGAAAGUUACGUUCAAGGCUAACACCUGAGCUUUGUGUAAUGUAAAUAAGACCUUGUGUUUAUGAACCUUUCAGCUAAUUUGAUUUUUUUUCCCUUACAUGCCAAGUGAUGUUCAGGUUUUGAAUGUUUUUGUAUCAGUUUUUUCCUUUGUAAAUGGCAUUAACAUUGUUACUUGAGGUCUUGCUUAAUCACUUUUGUUGUCCUGAGGACUUGAAUUUACAGUGCAUCAGAUUUGUUGCUAAUUUUGUCUGUAGAUAGUCUAGCUUCAGCUGUUUAUGGUGAUGCUACAUUUUCGUUUAUAAAUAUGUUUGUGGUAAAAAAAAAAGUAUAACCAUAGGUUUUGAACAAAUUUCCUUACAUUUUUCAUACAAAAAUCAUAAAUAUCUGUAUGCUAUUGAAAUUUAACUUUGUAUGAUGCUUAAACCACUAUUUGGGGAAAUAAUAAAAUAAGUCUUUACCAUGUAUGAAAGAAAUUUUAAAAAAUACAAAAUAUUUUCUGAUUAGCAUCUAGCUUAUAAUAAAUUUUCAAAAAAGCUGAAGGCAAAAAAUGCCUUCAUCAGGAUGCACUGAGAACUAUAUAGUUACGUCCUGCUUUUUGUAUAAACUGAGAUGCUCACAUGCUUCCCCUUAGAACAGGCAAUGUGCUAUGCAUAACAUAGUUGUACAUUAUCUUUGCGGUUGCGUUGAGUUUUAUUUUUUAUUUAAAAUUGUAGUUAUAAAAUUUUUCAGUAUAGUACAGUACAUAUACUGUGAGGCGCGUGCUAAAGUGAAUAAGCGAGUUUUCAUGCUGACCCACUCAAUGCUAUUCAGAAUCAAUUGGCUUAGCACUUUCUCAUAUCCUUAGGUGCAUUUAGAUUGUCAGAGUUAACCUGCGUUUAAAAAAAAAAAAAAACUAAAAAACAAAAUACAUGUAUAUACUUAAAAAAAAAAUAAGGUUUCCCUCAUGGGAAAACAGCAGCUACAUGCUUCUUUCCUAUACUACUGUAGCAAACCAAGGCAUUGAUGAGAGGGCAUGCAAAUUGUGCUUCACUUUACAGUGUUUAUCAGAGCACUUAAUAAAAUGUAAGGCUGGUAUUUAUUUGAAGUUGUACAGUAUGACUUAAUUCACAUCUGUUGGAAUAGAAAAUAUAUUCUGUUGAGUAUUUAAGAGGCUGUACAUGUUUUCUUUUGUGUUUGGAUUCUUUGUACUUUUUCAUGUUCAGUACAUCAAUAAACAAAGUUGAAGGGAAA